AUGUCCGGCAGACCAAGAAUGCUGGAAAUGUUCAACGAGCAGUUCCCACGAUUUGCCGGCCAACUAGAUCGGAAUAAGCUCUACACACGGAGACGAGCGAUUUUGUCACACAACAUGCUGUCCCCGGCUGAAAUAGAGGCCAUCAAGUUGGAAGUGCAACGAGAACUGCGUAGAGAGAGUGGAAGAUCGAGCGAUAUGUCGAGAAGGAGCUCUGCUAGGCUGAGUGCAUCGUUCGCUAGUGAAAGGCGCGAAUCUAUUGCACCACCACCGGAUCCAGUGGAUGAGCCUAGAGGACAAGAGCCGGCAGAGGAUCAACAACGAGGUCAAUUAAAGAACGAAUUGGCUUUCCACAUGGAUGCAGCAGUGACCCAGUUUUACGGAACGGACCCCUUAACCCGACACAAGAUUCCGAAGUUGCAGUAUUCCCACCGACUAACGAGUGCCGUCCAAGUACUCGACCAGGAAGUACUACCUGUGUACCUGGAAGUGGUAGAGAAUCUAGAGGAGCUGCAAUUUAUCGUUUAUUGUGGAACUGUAGCUGUUGUACGGACGUUAGGAAUGCGCACCUUUCACCAAGACGAUAGACAGAACCGCGUACUCUCCAAAAAACCGAAACCUGCUUGGAUGAGACGCCUGGAAGGUCGUAUCCAAACGCUCCGAGUAAAAAUCGGUCGACUAACGCAGUACAAGAGGGGAAGUCGAUCGCGAAAGCUGAUUCGUGGAGUUGCUGAAAUUGUCACUUCUGAGCAGGAAAAUGUGCUCAUCGAAACAAUGUUUGCAAUUGGACUGCAACAGGCCAACCGAUAUAUAAAUGCGUACUGCAGGCUUCUCGAUUUGGCUUUAGGUGGCCUACCAGACCAAUUAGACAUAACCGAACACAACUCGCCUCUAUUGCCAGUGGACAAUCACCAUGAAGCGUUCGUUCUGCUACUCGACGUGGACAGCGACGAUCUAGAUCUAAUUGCGCACAAGGAGAUAGACAACAAUUCUUCCUUCGAUUUUCACCUAUGCAAUUUCGCACAGCUGAAAAUGGCUCUGGUGGCUGUUGAUUGGGACACCCCACUGCAAACAGGAUCAACUUCUUUCAGCAUUCUAUGA